CUUAGUUUGUUCGUUAUUAGCCUUGCUGAUACCAACAACUUUAACUGUUACGUUCAAGAUACGUUGUCUGUCAAUUUCUAUAACAUGGCUUUUGUUUCGUACAGCCAGAGAGAUACAAACGGGAGAUACAUCUUCUCGAGUCGUCCCAGACCUGUUGAGGACCGCUCCAAAUACAGAGAGGCUCCGAUUGAACAGACCAAGAUCAAAUAUGGAAACAUGAUGUAUGACCGCCGUAUAGUAAGAGGAAACACUUACGCCCAGCGCAUCAUACCAACUACAGCUCAACCAGACCCCGCUGAAGUACAGAGACAACAAGAAAUCAGGAGGAGAGCCCUUGCUCGAAAAAGAGCACAGGAGCAGUUCAAACCAAGGACUCCAGAGGCUGUGCAGGGCAGAAAGCACAUUGAUAUGCAAACAGAGCCGUAUCUUGAAGAGUUGAGCAAUAUCAUUGUGGCUACAGAUGUUGAGAUUCAGACUGAUGAUUUCCUGGACAGACCAGCGACCCCGCUCUUCAUACCAGCAAAAUCUGGCAAAGAUGUGGAAACCCAGAUAGAAGAGGGAGAGCUGUUUGACUUUGACAUGGAAGUGCAGCCUCUGCUGGAGGUCCUGGUAGGGAAGACAAUAGAACAAUCUCUGGUGGAGGUGAUGGAGGAGGAAGAGCUGGCCUGUCUGAAAGCUCAGCAGAGAGCCUACCUAGAGCACAGGAACAAUGAACUGACAGAGAUGCAGCGGCUCCAAGAAAAGGAGAGACGCCUCAGUGAGGAGAAGGAGCGCCGAAUCUCCCAGCAAAAGGAGGUGCUGAAGAGAGAAAGAGAGACUGCAGAGAAAAUUGCUGCCCGCGCGUACACCCAGCAGUAUUUAGCUGACCUCUUUCCAGCAGUUUUCAUCUCACUGAGGAGCCAAGGCUACUUUUAUGACACUGUGGAGAAAGAUAUUGAAACUAAUUUCUUUCCAUGGCUGAUGGAGGAGGUUAACAACAAUCUGGAUGAGAGAAACAGGGCGAGGGAGCUGCUGGACACUAUUAUCCAUGAUGUCAUCCAGAAGAGGCAGGAGGCGUUUAAAGAUGAGGGGAUGCAGGCAGCAAAGUCAGACAUUUAGAGACCUUGAGCCAAAAAGGCGGGAAUACAGUCUAAAAAAAUCUGUUUGCACUGGCAGGGAUGCCACGAAGAGUAUAACAAUCACAUAACCUGUGUGUGUCGUUUAAAUUUGUUUGAAGAAAAGGAAAAACACUGCAUUUUCUGUCUUUUUUAAUAAACCUUAAAAUUAG